AGUAUUUGAAAACUCCACGACAAAGCUCAGAUCUCCCCAAUUUUCGACAUUUUAUCUAUAAUCCAAAAUUCUAAAAUUCUUUCUCUUUCAUAGCCCACCACGUUGUGUUCCUCUCUUUGAAAGCGAAGUUAUCUGCAGUUGUUGCAAGUGUGAAGGAGAAGAAAAUAAUAUUUUUUUUUUAAAGAAUACCCUAGUAAAUUGGAGCUUUCUUAGUUCUGCAGCAAUUUUUUUAAUGAUCUGUGAAGUUGUGCGUGUAUAUAACGAUCUGGGUAACAUCAGAUGAAAUGGGUUGACAUUAUUUCUUGAAAUUAGUUGUUGGAUUUUGAUUUCAGUUGCGAAAAAUGGCGCUUUUUAGGAAGUUUUUCUACAAGAAACCACCUGAUGGGUUGUUGGAGAUUGCUGAAAGGGUUUAUGUCUUUGAUUGCUGCUUUACAACGGAUGUGGUGGAGGAUGAUAAUUAUCAAGGCUACAUUGAUGGAAUAGUUAGUCAACUCUAUGGUCAUCUACCUGAUGCUUCGUUCAUGGUUUUCAACUUUCGUGAGGGAGAAAACCAGAGCCAGAUUGCGAAUAUGCUGUCGGAGUAUGACAUGACUGUAAUAGAUUAUCCUCGGCAGCAUGAAGGUUGUCCUUUGCUUACAUUGGAGAUGAUUCAUCACUGUCUGAGAUCUGGUGAUAGCUGGCUCUUGCUUGGUCAACGCAAUGUUCUUUUAAUGCAUUGCGAACGAGGUGGUUGGCCUAUUUUGGCAUUCAUGCUAGCCGCACUCUUAAUCUACAGAAAGCUAUAUAAUGGGGAACAGAAGACACUGGAUAUGAUCUACAGACAAGCACCUCGCGAGCUUUUGCAGUUGAUGUGCCCGUUAAAUCCAAUUCCCUCUCAGUUGAGGUAUCUUCAGUAUGUAUCAAGGAGACACUUGGACUCAGAGUGGCCUCCCCAGGACAGGUGCCUGACUGUGGACUGCAUAAUGCUUAGGCUCAUCCCUAAUAUUGAUGGGGUGGGUGGUUGCCGACCUAUUCUUAGAAUCUAUGGACGAGACCCUUCACCUGCUGCUGACCGAACUCCUAUAAUGCUAUUUUCAACUCCAAAAAAAAGUAAAAUUGUUCGGCAAUACAAGCAGGCCGAAAGUGAAUUGGUGAAGAUUGACGUUAACUGUCAUGUUCAAGGGGAUGUAGUGCUUGAGUGCAUAAGCUUGGAUGAUGAUUUGGAACGUGAGCAGAUGAUUUUCAGGGUUAUGUUCAGCACAGCAUUUAUCAGAUCCAAUAUUUUGAUGCUUAAUCGUGAUGAAAUUGAUACCUUGUGGGAUGACAAGGAUAAAUUUCCGAAGGACUUCAGAGCUGAGGUUCUUUUCUCAGAGAUGGACUCUGCAACCUCUGGCACUUCUAUUGAUAUGCCUGUUACUGAGGAGAAAGAAGGCCUUCCUAUUGAAGCAUUUGCAAAGGUGCAAGAGAUUUUCAGCAACGUGGAUUGGAUAGAUUCAAAGUCUGAUGUCGCACUAAAUGUUCUUCAGAAAAUUACUUCAUCAAAAGAACUCAAAGAGAAAUUGGAUAUAGCUUCUCAUGAGAGUAAAGAAAGUCUUGUGGGUAAUUUGAAAUCACUUGUCCAGGAAGACAGCAUCAUGGGAUCCUCAAAAGGGACUCUUGAGAGGCAAUCCCAUUUCUCUUCUGAAACAACAGUAGAAACCCAUAUAGGCUAUAUAGUUGGACAGAAGUCUGAUGCUCAUAAAGAAGGUGUUUCAAAUAUUGUCCUAGAAAAUUUGGAAAAUGCUAGUCUGCCCGAGAAAUCUAGCAUUAUUGUAGUAUCACAUCCUCAACAAAUUGUUGAAAAGCUCUCAAAACAGUCCUCUGGUCCUUCUCCAGAUGAUAUUGUGGUUCCAAAGAAGGGUCUACCAGAGGACUUGGUUCCUGUUCUUCAAAAAACUACUCAAACAAAGAUAAUAUCCCCUCGUAUACUUCAAUCUUCCCGUUCAAGUUCUGCCAUAUAUAGCAAUUCCAUGCAAGGUUCUCCAAAACCUAUGCAAAGAUUUCAUAGUUCACCGUCUUCACUUGGGAUUACAGCGCUUUUGCAUGAUAAUGAUACAUACAAGAGUGAUGCGGUUGCUCAUCAGGAGGCAAUAUCUCCACAAUCAACGGCUACUUUGGUCGCUUUUGUACCCGAAGUAUCUAAACCUGGACAAAACGUUCUCUCAUCAUCUGCAUUAUCUCAACCACCAGCCCCUCCGCCAUCUUCUCCUCCUUUACCUCAUAUUCAUUCAGUAUCACAACAUAAAGAUUCUCCACCAGCAUUACAACCCCUUCCACCUGUAGAAUUAGAAAAUGAUAUUGUUUGUCGUACAAAUCCAUCGUCAAUCCCUCCACCCCCACCCUUGCCUUUUUUUAGAUCUUCAACUGUCCAGAACACAUCAUUUCCUCCUCCUCUUCUUUUUGUGAAUGCAGGAGGCGCAUUAUCAGCACCACCUCCUCCCCUCCCUCUGCCAACAUCUUUUGGACAAUCUCUUUCUUCAAAUACUAGGGUUCCCUUGUCAACACCACCACCUCCACCUCCUCCUCCACCUGUAUUGCAGUCCCCAUGUUCUAGUGCUAGGAGCACAUUGUCAAUCCCUUCUCCUCCUCCUCUGCCUCCUCCACGUCUUCCUGAGAAUGUUUCUUCAGCUAUAGAUUCAGAUUCAUCUAUUAGCAGCACACGUGGACCAGUCAAAGCUCCUCCACCUCCACCUCCUCCAUGUCUCCCUGAGAAUGUUUCUUCAGCUAUAGGUUCAGAUUCGUCUAAUACCAACGCACGUGGACCAGUCAAAGCUCCUCCCCCACCUCCGCCUCCUCCACGUCUCUCUGAGAAUGUUUCUUCAGCUAUUGGUUCAGAUUCGUCUAAUACCAACACACGUGGACCAGUCAAAGCUCCUCCUCCUCCUCUUCCCCCAAAAUUGCCUGUUUCUGUUGCUAGUCCUAAAAUGUCUUCUCUAGUGCCUCCACCACCUCCACCUCCUAAAGGUGCCUCUUCUAAUGUUGGGUCCUCAACUUCAAUUAAAACUCCACCGGUGCCACCUCCACCGGGUCCUCUUGGAAAAGGAGUGGCAAGAGCUAAUAGUUCUGCUCAAGAUUCUCAAGUGGCUGGUAGCAAAGGACCAGUUCCUCCACCCCCUGGACCCACUGGUUUAAAGGGUAGGGUCCCACCUCGUGUUACCCCGAGGAAUCAGGGUCAACCAAAAAAGAAUGUAAAGCCGUUUCAUUGGUUGAAAUUAACAAGGGUAAUGCAAGGAAGCUUAUGGGCUGACGCUCAAAAACCUGAUGAGGCUUCCAAAGCUCCAGAGUUUGAUAUGUCAGAACUUGAGACCCUCUUUGCAGCAUCUGUUCCAAAUGCAGACAAGGGUAUCACUGGAGGGCAAUCGGGUCGUCGUACUUCAGGGUCUAAACCUGAAAAAAUUCAGCUGAUUGAGCUUAGAAGGGCUUAUAAUUGUGAAAUAAUGUUUACAAAAGUGAAAAUUCCUCUGCCUGAUUUAAUGAAUUCAGUACUUGCUUUGGAUGAUUCAGCUUUGGAUGUUGAUCAAGUGGAAAAUCUUAUAAAAUUUUGUCCAACAAAGGAAGAAAUGGAGCAACUGAAGGGAUACAAGGGUGAUAAGGAUAAUUUAGGGAAAUGUGAACAGUUCUUCUUAGAGUUGAUGAAGGUGCCUCGAGUGGAGUCGAAACUAAGAGUUUUUUCAUUUAAGAUACAAUUUAUCUCUCAGGUGUCUGAUCUUAGAAAGAAUUUACAGAUAGUGAGUUCUGCUUCUGAAGAGAUCAGAACAUCAGUAAAGUUGAAAAGAGUCAUGCAAACAAUUUUGUCUUUGGGCAAUGCAUUGAACCAAGGGACUGCUCGAGGUGCUGCUGUUGGGUUUCGACUGGAUAGUCUCCUUAAACUCACUGAUACGCGUUCUCGGAAUAGCAAGAUGACACUUAUGCAUUACCUGUGCAAGAUUCUUGCUGAUCAACUACCUGAGGUAUUGGAUUUUCCAAAAGAUUUGGCCAAUUUGGAGGGGUCAACAAAGAUACAACUUAAAAUCUUGGCAGAGGAAAUGCAAGCUAUUAGCAAAGGGUUAGAAAAGGUUGUUCAAGAGCUGACUGCCUCAGGAAAUGAUGGCAAUAUUUCAGAAUGCUUUUGCACGAUCUUGAAGAGGUUUCUUUCUUACGCGGAGGGUGAAGUGAGGUCUUUGGCGUCGCUUUAUUCUAUCGUGGGUAGAAAUGCUGAUGCUUUGGCUAUGUAUUUUGGUGAAGAUCCAGCAAAGGUUCCAUUUGAACAAGUUGUGUCAACCUUACAGAACUUUGUUAGGAUGUUCCAUCGAGCACAUGAUGAGAACUGCAAACAGCUUGAGUUUGAGAAGAAAAAGGCAGAGAAGGAAGCUGAGAAUGAAAAGUCGAAGAUGAAUGCUCGUGCGAAGGACCCUGACCACCAUGUGCAGCAGUUGCCUCGGAAAUUUGGCACCGUGAAAUGAGCAAUCUACUCAUAGCCUAACCCAAGGGCCAUCAAUUACAAAUCUCUUGGUGAUUCUGCCAGAGGAGAAGCUAGUAUGCUCAAUGUUGUGACUUGUGAGGAAAUACACAAAACUUAAACAGGGAGCUUUGUGACACAGAUUAUUGUUAAUGUACAGCGUAAUUCAUUUAAUUGUAGUUAGAAAGGUUAGAUUAUAUGGCUAGUGAUUUGAUUAUUAUGGGUUCUUUUAGAGCCUUAGCUGUAAAUUUACCCACCUUUGUUGGGUACCAUUCUUUGAAGAAUAUGUAUAUCAGGGACGUCAGUUUUUCAUAGUCCCCUAUACGACCGAGGUGAUUGUAACAGAUGAACAACACUAUUGGUGUAAAAACAUUUACCAUCUGAAUAUUUUUGUGAGUUAUUUUACAGCAUAUCAAUUUUCAACUAAA